GAAAUUGUCAUUUCAUUUCUUGCUGAGUAACAUUGUAACUAGCGUGCAAUGUCCAUUUGGUGUCUCAGUAAAUUAUCGACUGCAACAAUGCUGUUUAGUUUACUUCUGUUGCACAUUUCAUGCGUGUUUGCCUAUUCAACAGCACGAAAUGAACCACAAUAUGAUAUUAAUGCCAGAGAUGCUUCCACUAUAGCAAGUGAUCCAAAAUUCGAUAUUUGUCAGAGUUGUCCGAAUGGCUGCAUGGCUAUAUCUGCCUAUACAGCUGGGGUUCCGGGAUGUCAUGCAUGGCUUAGAGAGUUCUGUAUCGGGCAGGGAUCUGAGUUUGCUUGGUGCGAAGACGGAAGGAGCGAUACGAUUGUUUUUGAAUCGCAAGCAUCAACUGCUCCACUAUCAUCAGAGAGUACAGCCCCUAUUGAUUCGCUAGCAUUAAGCCAAGCAUCGCCCACCAAUAAAGUCGAUGUUGAAAUCUGUUCAGAGCUGCCUUCGAAGGUGGUGGGCAUGUAUAUAUUGCUGGCUGAUGACAGUGAUCCUAUAUAUACAUCAGCACAUAUUUGGCAGCCCCGGUUACAUGAAUAUCAGCAACUAGGAGCCAAUGUUCUAUUCUUCACUUUUAUAGAACCCAUAUCAAUGGAGGUACCGCAGUCUUUCAUCAAUCUGGCUGUCACCCGAGGAGAUGGUGCAUUGGGCUCUGUGCCCUCUACCUCUAAAAUAAUAUUCGCAAUAGGUGGUCAAGCAUACUCUAUGGAUCGACAGUGGCCAUGGUUGACAAGCAACGAGAAAGCCAAAGCAAUGGCGUAUACAGUUUCUACUUGGAUCGAAAACGGGUGGUGUGACGGUAUCGAUUUAGAUCUUGAAAGUGGGCCCCAAGCAAAUGAUGCAACCGCUGUUGCGGCAAUGAUCGCCUUUGUGGCUCAGUUGAAGAAGCUUGUCCCCAGUAUCAUCGUCACUCAACCUGUAAUGGGUACUGCUGGGGCUGUUGCUGUAAACGAUAGAAUCGUGGAGGCGGCGUUUACAGCUACAUCUCCUUUACUCGGUAUUAUUGAUGCCGUUGGUGUGAUGGUGUACGAAACUACGAAUAGUCUUGACUACACGGAUAAUUACGAAAAGGGAUGCGAUAGUAGCAAAUGCUCCCAGUGGUGGUGCCCUUUAAAUGCUUGCGUACCUCGCGACAAUAUUAUAGCAGGACUCAAAGGCACCUCAACUGUUUCGGAUUUAAUAGUCAUGACAAAUGAGACAGUAUAUAAUGUCGAUGGCUACCGGGGUGUAAUGGUUUGGUACGCUUCUGUGAUAGAUCAAUCGACACAAGAGACUGCUUUGCAGUAUGAUGUAUCUUGGGACGCCUCGGCCGCGAAUACAGACACAAAAUCAGCCUGGAAAGAUCUGUUAGAGAGUGCGGGGGUUCCUGCUAGCGUAGAUUGCACAUCUCCAGAUAUUGAACGCGCGCGUGCACGACGCCAAACACCUCUAUCGAGUCCAGUGUCUGCAGCGCCUUCCGCAAGUUUAUCGAGUUACAACCAGUCGGUAGUGGCACCAAACGUUGAAGAUCAGAAUCUAAACCCUGAAUCGCAGGUUCUGAACAGCUAUCAGGGCGUUUAUAUCAAAACAUGGGAAGGUGGCUGGACAGCCGAGGGAAUCCGAGCUCAAUACGGGCAUCUUUACGGUGUAGCUGAUAUUGCUUUUCUUACGUUUUUCAAACCGAUACCUGGUGGGCUGGAGUGCGAUGAGGCAAUGAGUAUGUGCGCUUCCGUCUGGGAUUCGACGGUCGGUCUGUACGGUGAAGAGGUGUCGGCCACUGAAGUCUACAGAAAUGCAAGCAUUGCCGCGAAAAACACGACAGGCAUGCGCACUUUGUUAGCCAUUGGAGGUUGGUCCUUCCGUGAUGACUUUGCUUUCUUAGCUACUCUCACUGCUGCUCAGAUUCGGCAGUGGGCAUUGAAUGUCAAGCAAACGGUAGAUUUGUUUGGUGCAGAUGGGGUCGAUAUUGAUUACGAGGCCGAAAGCAGCCAACAGUGGGAAGAUGAAAUAGUGAAAACAAAUAUGUUGGGCUUAUUACGUGAAGUCAUGCCCACGUCGGAAGGGUAUGUAAUUAUGCUCACUAUCGCUGGCCUUGCGGGUGUACAAGGCCCGGCACAGGCCGUGAGUGAUUUUUUCAGUCCAUCACUCACUCUGACCUACGAAACUGGAAAGGCAGUAUCGACUAUUGUGCAAAAUCACAAGGAUCUUGAUAUGUUGCAGCUCAUGACAUACGACGGAGAGCCGAAUUUAAAUCCAAUGUAUUGUAUGGAGCUCACUCGACAAACAACCCAGCGCCUGUUAGGUGAGGGGAUUUCACACAAAAUCGCUAUGGGUGUUGAGCUAGGUCCGCAAGUAGGAAACUGCGAAUCUAUAACAGAAGGGUGGUGCACUCACGAUAUGGCCAGUGUUCUGCAGAUGGCGGAUUUUGUUAGUCGAAAUAAGUACGGUGGUAUAUUUUACUGGUCGAAUGUACCAGUAACAGAGGCGGAUGAGUAUUACAACGCAACCAUGCCCUUCUUUGAAGUAUGAUACAAAUUUAGUUAAAAAACAAGUUAAAAUAAAAUACUAAGACUCAC